GUUAGGCAUCACGCAUAUAAUUUUGCUAACAUAACCUCGAAAAAUCAAACGUGACGGCAACAGUUAUAACGAUCACGUGCUACGUAUGAAACAUUUUCUUUUUGAGGGUAUAAUUGUUCGGCAGUGAAAAAGAUGACACUAGCAAAUUUUCCAAGAGGCGGGGAAAAAGUUCAGAAAAAGAGAUCAUCAAAUUUGCUAUUUAGCAAACAUGAAAAAAUUGGUAAAAGGAAACAUGAGAAACGAAGGACAAAGGAGCAAGAUGAAAAGAAAACAAAUUUUGUACCUAAUACUGCAGAACGAUUAUCAUAUGCAAUGAUAUCUGAGGGAUUAGUGGUAUUAGGAUGCAUUUUUGAAGUAACAGAGUACGAUUUGCUGAUAUCUUUGCCAGGUGGAUUAAUAGGGCGUGCACAAAUUACAGACAUUAGUGAACGUUACACAAAUUUGUUGCAAAAUUUGAUCAAGUCAGAGGAUUCUCAGACAAGUGAAAUUAAAUCCCUUCCAGAGUUAUAUAGUUGUGGGGAUUAUGUUAUAUGUUAUAUAAAAACUAUACAACCACAAGAGAAAUUUCAAAUUGGAAUAUCUCUUGAACCUAAAUUAAUAAAUCAAAAUUUAAAUAUUGUACAUCUAGAUAAUAGUUCAAAAAUAGUGUGCACCAUUAAUAGCAUAGAAGAUCAUGGUUAUAUAGCAGAUACUGGAUUAGCAAAUGUAAGAGCGUUUAUUCCUACUAAAGAAAGUGACAAUAAAAAAUGUUUGUUUCCAGGUAAACAACUUCUAUGUUAUGUUAAAAAUGUUGAAACUAAUGAAAAUUUAUCAACAAUUACAUUAACUCCAAACCAGAAGCUUGUUAACGCUGUUCAUGAAAUCGAAAUUAGAUCAUUGGACAGCUUGAUACCAGGCACAAGAUAUAAUCUUUCCAUAAAGAAAGUUUUGUCCAAUGGUUUAUGUGUCUCAUUAGGUGAAAACAAUAUAGGAUUCAUAAAUCAGCUGUAUUUAGAUAAACCUUUAUUCAAAUAUUCAGACAAUUUGAAAAUUACUGGUACAUUAUUGUAUAUUUUACCAACCGUCAAAUUUGCAUACUUCAGUUCGACGAUAGAUAAAUUUAGGGAGAAUAUUAAGCCUGGUGAUGUUAUAGAAGAAAGUACUGCUUUAUUUAGAGAAUUUGGUGGAAUAGUGUUACAAUUAACUAAAAGUGGAACACGGGGAUUUGUUUCCUUGAAGAGGACAAACAUCGAGUAUGAUAAAAUCAUUGAAAAAUUCGCACCUGGUACCAUACACAAAUGCAGAGUAUUAUCAUACAGUUGGCUAGAUGGAAUUUAUAUUUGUACAAUGCAGCAUUCGCUGUUGGGGCAAAAGUAUUUUUCACUGUCUGAUUUCAAACCAGGUGACGUGGUGAAUGUAAAAAUUAUAAACAUUGAUAAAGGCACCGGUUUCGUUAGUGUACAAGUUGGUAAAUUUAAUGGACAAAUAACAUCAGAGCACAUAUCUGAUGAAGGUUUAAGCGCCUUAAAAAAGUUGAAAAUCAACAAAGAAGUAGAAGCAAGAGUCUUGUCUGUUAAUACUGGUCGGAAACGGGUGUAUUUUACUUUAAAAAAGUCUUUGAUAACAAGUAAUUUGCCUAUUUUGGCAAAUAUACAAGACGCGAAAGUUGGAUCAAAACAUCAUGGGACUAUCAUUCAAAUACAUAAGCAUGGUGUACUGGUAAAAUUUUUUGGAGAUGUCAAAGGUUUGAUUCCACACACUAAUCUCGAUACUGAAACAUCUGACGUGAAUUGGAACUAUUCAAUUGGACAAACCAUUUUGAUAAAAAUUCACGCGGUGGACAAAAAUUUGGGAAAGAUAACUUUGAGUGUGGCUGAUAAAGACGUAAAAAUUGAAAAUAUAUCAUUUGAUAUUGGCGAAGAAGUAGAAGGAACAAUAAUAGAAUCAUCUUCUCACGGAGUAUAUUUAAGAAUCAGUAAAAAUAAUGAACAGAGAGUUACUACGGGCUUUUUACCGGCUGGUCAUAUGUCACCUUGUAGGGAAACUGCUAUUCUUUUAGCAUCAAAAUGUAUUCCUGGUGAUACGCUCUCAGCUCUGGUAUUUACUACAAUGCCUAGUUUAAUUCUAACUAGGACAUUUCUACCACAAGAAAGAUAUAGAAAUUUUGAAAAACUAAAAGUAGGAGAUUGUAUACCUUGUUCAAUCAAAGAUAUAGAACCGGAUGGCGUAAGAGUAAUUUUACCAAUUACAGGAUGUACAUCGUUUGGAUAUAUAUCUUAUAGCAACAUUAGUAAUUUUAAUCUGCUGCACGUAAAUCAAAUUUUAUUUGCAAAGAUAGUUUCUAUUAAUAAGAAAGAGCAGCAAUUAGGGUUAACAGUAUCAUUGAAGAAAAUAUAUGACGGUUUAUCCAGCCUUAAAAGCAGGAUGGUGACAUCAGUAGAUACACUGACUUUAUAUUUUAAUAAAUUACUAGAACUUUCAGGAAAUCCAUAUUACGAAAAUAGACCAAUUACAUCUGUAAAAUUGGGACAGAGAGUUACAGGGAAGAUUGAAACUAUCACUGCUGCUGGUUUGGUUAUACGAUUGCAGGAUAACUUAGUGGGCAUAGUAUCUAAGGAUCAUUACUCUGAAAAUAAAAAAGUAGGAGACAAAAUUUCUGGAACGAUUAUAUGGAAAAAUUACUUGCACGAACUUGUCGAAUUGACUACAUUACCGUCAAUAAUGCACAAAAUAAAUGGAAAACAAAACAAGCAAAUACACUUUCCCGAUGGCAAAUCGUUACGCGGUAGAAUCUUGUUGGUGACAAAUUGGUUUGUUUUAAUAUUGUUGUAUGGCAUUGGUAAAGGGAUUUUGGCUGCAAUGCCAGUACGUCGUCAUAUAAAUGAUAUGCAGCCAGAUUUAACACCUUAUGUUGUUCAUUCUAAAAUCAAAUGUUACGUCAUAUUAAAUUCCAACGAAUCUGAUUUUAUGCCUAUUUGCAUGGUAAAAUCUGCGUUCGAAAAGAAAUACUGCAUACAAGAAAAAUCAGCUGAUAAUAACAACUUGAAACGAAAGAAAUACAAUGAAGCAAACAUGAUACCCUCAAAAAAAAUAAAAACUUAGUUAAAUGUAAUGACAAUGAUAUGACAAAAUAAAAAUAUUAUUUUAGUUUAAUACAGUUUAUUUCUCAAAUCAUGGAAUUAUCCUAACAUGUAUAUGUAGAAAAAUCAUGGAGAGAGCAGUUAUGUAGAUAUUAUCACCUAGAAAAAUAAAGAUCUUGUUCAAAAUGUUUAUUAAUUUCAAAAAUACUUGGAAAGAUCAAAGACGAAAAGAAAAUCUAUCAAAGAAAAUCGGAGAAGUGACAUUAAUGAUAUUAGCAUUGAGAAUGAAAAGCCAAGUUUAUCUGAAUGUGGAUUUUUCUGGGAUAACAACUGCGAUUCAGCUCUUAAGAACAAAGAAUCAUCUAGCAGUAGCGAAGAUGAAGUGGAAGAAAAACCAAAGCCAAAGAGGAAGAAAUUGAGUGCUGUUGAACGUCGAGAACAAGAGAGACAAAAAGAACGUGAAAUUCGGCAACGAGAGGAAGCAUUAGCCAGUAAUCAACUACCAAAUUCUGUGGAUCAGUUUGAUAGAUUAGUUCUGGCCAGUCCAGACAGUUCAAUAGUAUGGUUACAGUAUAUGGCAUAUCAUUUGCAGUCAACUGAAAUUGAGAAGGCGAGAGCAGUUGCGAAAAGGGCGACGAAAACGAUUAAUUUCAGAGAGGAGAAUGAAAGAUUAAACGUUUGGAAUGCGUGGUUGAAUUUAGAGUCUAAGUUUGGAACGCCAGAAUCAUUAAAUGAUGUUUUUCAAGAGGCAAUAAGGACGAAUGAUUCAUUGAAGAUACACACUCAUAUGUUGACUGUUCAUCUCGAAGCUGGUAGACAGAUGGAAUUAGAGAAAAUUAUUAAUACUAUCAUUAGAAAGUUUAAGCAAAUCUCUGAGGUAUGGGUUAAUUGCGGAGAAGCAUUAUUAAAGAUGGGUUUGAAAGAUAAAUCGAGGCACAUUAUGCAGAGAGGAUUACAAUCUUUGCCAGCAUCAGAACAUGUGAAUCUAAUAGCAAAGUUUGCGAUCAUGGAAAACAAACUUGGGGAUAAAGAGAGAUCGCAAACUUUGUUCGAACAAAUUUUAAGCUCGUAUCCCAAGCGAGUGGAUAUAUGGUCUUGUUAUGUUGAUUCCUUAAUUAAAUCUGAUAACAUUGAUAUAGCAAGGAAAGUCUUAGAGAGAGCUGUGGUUCAGACAUUACCGCCUAGAAAAAUGAAAACUCUAUUCAAAAAAUACAUUAAUUUCGAAGAACGGCAUGGUACUGAGGAAGAUGUCACUCGUGUUCAGCAAAUGGCCGUAGAAUAUGUUGAGAAGCAAUGUAACAAAGAUGUUUGAUUACUUCGAGCGAUAUAAAUUGUAAAUAUAUACACAUUAGUUUUGACUAAUCCAAACA